AUGAAGUUCACCGGACUUAUUGCCUCUCUUGCUGCUGUCAGUGCUGCCUCCGCCGCUGCUAUCCCUACCGCUGCUCUGCAGCCCACCUUGACCCAACUUAGUGGUGUUCUUGGAAACAUUGACGGUGCCCUGGGUAAUGUCCUCAGCGGUGCGGACGUUACUGACCUCGUUCAGGUUCAAACUGCUCUUAAGCAGAUCCAGGGCGAGCUGAGCAAGCUGACUGGAACCGUCUCUCAGCGCAGCGUUGUUGGCAAUGAGCUCAACACCGUUGGGACUGUUACUGCGCCUGUGACUUCCACCGUUGGCGGUGCCGUUAAGCCUGUGGUUGACACUGCCAACUCAGCUGUUGGCUCCGUUGAGGGUCUUGUUGACGGCACCCUUCCCGACACCACCAAGGCCAGGUUACGGACGGUAAGUUACUGGUCUUGUUCAGACUACAAAAGCGCAUUAGCUGAGCACCCUCGACGCUGCUGGUGUCGAGCACAUCCUCGGCCUUGUCCAGGGGAGUAA